CUCAUUCCAUGCGCAAUGGACGUCAGUUUCGUCAACAAAAUGUCCGAUUCCGGUGUCAAAAUAUCCCCGUCAAAAUCCCAGUGAUGCCCUUGUUGCUCGUAAACCCGGCGGAAUGUUGGAACCUGCUGGAAACGGUCUACCAGCUGGUGCAGACCGUGCUCGGCGUGCUCUGCACGUGGAGUAGCAUGCACUCGAACGUCGAAGAAGAGUACCACUUGGACCACUUCCCGUUCUUCCUGAUGACUCUAAUGGACGAGCAGGAGUUCGAUGAAGGCGACUACGGCUGGGAGGAGCAGGACGAGGAUUGGGAAACGACCGGCUCAAGCGUGGAUUGGGAUUUGGAAGAGGAGGAUUUGGAAGAGGAGGAACCGAUGAGGAAGAACGCGGAGAUGUACUCGUUCGAUUACCAUAGGAUGGGCGAUAACUGCGUGGCGGAGCCGUUGCUGGUGGAUAAUCAGAUUAAUCUGGAGAGAAAGGAAGAGUAUAUAUUGAAGAAUUUGUUGAAUUUGCAACGGCAGACGUGGAUGAAUCCGCGCGGAUGUAACUACAGGAGUUUGGUGCGCACCGAGUUGUACAACAGGAGGUUUGGUUUGUGAGAAUGUAACGGCAUA